AUGUCUGCACAGCGUCUCGGUGCUGGGAUGCAAGACCUGGGACCUCAAUCAGCAGACAGGGCCGAAGAAGGGCGCAAAGGCGGCCGGGAGCAGCGCCGGGAGCGGGAGGGGCCUUCGAAUUCCUCCGCGGCGGGUUUGGGCUCAGUGGACCCGCAGCUGCAGCACUUCAUCGAGGUGGAGACUCAGAAGCAGCGCUUCCAGCAGCUGGUGCACCAGAUGACGGAACUUUGUUGGGAGAAGUGCAUGGACAAGCCUGGGCCAAAGUUGGACAGUCGGGCUGAGGCCUGUUUUGUGAACUGCGUUGAACGCUUCAUUGAUACAAGCCAAUUCAUCUUGAAUCGACUGGAACAGACCCAGAAAUCCAAGCCAGUCUUCUCAGAAAGCCUUUCUGACUGAUUUCAGCAUUACCUUUUUGGAAAAAGGAAGGUAGUUCAAGAGUGGUUGAAGAAAAGGCUGCAGGGGGAUUGGCUCCCACCUUUGGCACUCUGGAAGCAUCUGGUCAUCUGAGAAUGAACAAAGACCAAUAUUUUUGUGUGUUUGGGGCUUGAGGGUUAUAUGUGUAUUUGGUUGUGCUUUUUUAAUGUUAAUCUUGUGAAAACAAUUGGCAGAUGAAUGGAAAACCUUCUUAGAUGCAUAUUACUGUAUGUGGGACUAUGUUUUUCUGAACGUCCCAUUAACUGCUUUGUAUAAUUUGGAUAGUGGAACUGCUUUUUAUAAUUUGAUAGUGGGACCACAUGGAUAAAAUCUAUCAUUAGUGGAUUCAUUUCAGAUGCGUAGGGACAUUGAUACCCAUCUUGGUGUCUGAGAAAGGGUGGCAAUGGGAGAAGAGUUAUUUGGUACUUAACUAGUGUUUUGACCAUCAGUGCUGGGAAAAAAAUCUAUAGAAUAUUCAUAUAAUAUAAUUCAGCUUUCUAAAUUAUCUCCCUUCCUUAUACUGUGAUUUACUUAAGUAUCUAUAUAAAGUAUGGUCUUGAGGUAGGUAGUACAGGCAGCCUGAGCAUCUAGAGGCCUUUAGUUAUAAAGGAAUCUAGCCAGUGAACAUAAUUCUCAUUACUAAAGUGCCACGAGGGAGAAUUUAACUGAUCCUGUAUAUCAGGGUCAAAGAAAAUCAAAGAUGGGCCUAAAUAAGUUGUAAAGAUUUAGGCCUGUCAAAAACUAACAGCAGUUUCAUGUAGAGGUGCAUGUCUAAUGUCAAUCAAUCAGUAUAGAUUCUAUUUACUGCAGUUUUUUUGGUCAUUGAAAUAAAAGCUUCUACAAGAUUCAACUGUGUGAUUGAGAAGGCUUUCUGUUCAGGUUUUCGCCUGCACUCUGGAGAGAUUGGGUAUGUACUGGUUCCAAGACUGGUUUCAGUCUGGAUACCUGCUCUGUGUAAGUUAUAGCACAGUAGUCCAGGAAUCCCUGACCUUUUUGUGGAAAAAAAAUAGAGAACCUUGAGGAGAAAUGGGGAGGGAAAGAAUUCAGUGCUGGCAGUCAAUUCCCUGAGUGUAGUAGAAGAGGUUAUAUUGAUUGGAUUCCCCUCCUCUUACUUCAAAUCCUAGUAGAUUGGAGUCUAGUUGGAACUACUUGUUUGGUGCCUCUAGUGCAAAUCCAUGACAGUUGGGGAAAUAAUAUAUUUCUAGAAGCCUCAAGUCCUUUUAGCUUUCCUGCUUAUAGGCAUAACAAGGAAUUUGAAAAUUUUCUGAUUAAAACAAUUCAACAAACAUCGAAGUGCUCACUUUGUGCCCGGAAUUCAGCAGUGCACAAAAGCAAAGUCCCUGUCCAUGUGGAACUUAUGUUCUAGUGAGGGGAGAUAGGCAAUAAACACAUAAAUAUAUCAAUUAUUGAGUGCUAUGGAGAAAAAGCAGAGUAACGGUGUUGGGGAAUGUCCAUGGGGUGUUGAAAUUUGAGAUAAGAUGGUUAGAGAAAGCCUCAUUGGGACAAUGGCAUUUCCGCAGAGACUUGCAUGAAUUAAGUGUCCAAGCCAUGUAGGCUUCUAGGAGAAAAACAUUUUAGGUAGAAGUGAUACAAGUCCAAAAGCCCCAGAGUGGGAGCUGCAUGCGGUAAAGCUAAGGUAGAACAGUGGUCAGUAUGGCUGGGGUGAAGUAAGGAGAAUGGUAAGAAAAUCUGAGAUAUUCUUGAAAUGGAUUGGGGCUGGGAGGUGGGGCAGGGAUGUGCAGUGAUCAUGUAGGGUAUUGUAGGCUCUUGCAAGAACUUGGAUUUUACCCAGCAAGAUGGGGAGCCAUUUGGGGAUUUUAAGCAGAAAAGUGAUGUGAUUUAACUUAAGAUUUAGGAGGGUCUGGCUGCUGUGUGGAGAACAUGUACAUGGGAAAGAAAUAGCAGCAGCAAAGUAGUAAGAAUAAUGCCAUUUUGAGGUCCAGAAAAUAUCAGGUUCUUAGGGUAGUUACCUGCCAUACACUUUGUGUCAAUAUGCUCCUACAAAAUUUAGCGUGUUCAUGUAAAACCUCAGGUCAUAAAGAAAAGGUCCUUUUGUUAUUU